GGCGCGGGCCGAUCUGUGAGAAGGCGGUGGCUGUGGUGGCGAAAGGCGGGGGUGCUGUGGGGCCGUGUCCGUGUUUACACAGCGGCGGGCGGGUGCGGACGCUGAACCCGGCGCGACGGUGGCACGAUGGUCAUGGCGCAUUUCGUCGAGAAUUUUUGGGGAGAAAAAAAUAGUGGCUUUGAUGUUCUCUACCAUAAUAUGAAACAUGGACAGAUAUCAACAAAAGAACUAGCGGAUUUUGUAAGAGAAAGAGCAACAAUAGAAGAGGCAUAUUCCAGAUCAAUGACAAAACUAGCAAAAUCUGCAAGCAACUAUUCACAAGUUGGAACAUUUGCACCAGUAUGGGAUGUGUUCAAAACUUCUACGGAAAAAUUAGCAAAUUGUCACUUGGAUCUUGUUAGGAAAUUACAGGAAUUAAUAAAGGAAGUUCAAAAGUAUGGAGAAGAGCAAGUAAAGUCUCAUAAAAAGACUAAAGAAGAAGUUGCAGGAACUCUGGAAGCUGUCCAAACCAUUCAGAAUAUAACUCAGGCUCUCCAGAAAUCCAAGGAAAAUUACAAUGCCAAGUGUGUAGAACAGGAGCGUCUGAAAAAAGAAGGAGCGACACAAAGAGAAAUAGAAAAGGCAGCUGUUAAAUCUAAAAAAGCUACAGAUACCUAUAAACUCUAUGUGGAAAGAUAUGCAUUAGCAAAAGCCGAUUUUGAACAGAAAAUGACAGAAACAGCUCAGAAAUUUCAAGAUAUUGAAGAAACUCAUCUCAUUCACAUAAAGGAAAUUAUAGGAUCCUUGUCAAACGCAGUGAAGGAAAUACAUUUACAGAUUGGACAGGUUCAAGAAGAAUUUAUAAAUAACAUGGCUAAUACUACAGUUGAAAGUUUGAUACAGAAAUUUGCUGAGUCAAAAAGCACUGGAAAGGAAAGACCUGGCCUUAUUGAAUUUGAAGAAUGUGACCCUGCAAGUGCAGUUGAAGGUAUAAAGCCAAGGAAAAGGAAGACUUUUGCUUUGCCAGGAAUAAUUAAAAGGGAAAAGGAUGCAGAAUCUGUGGAGUGCCCUGAUGCAGAUUCAAUUAACAUUCCUGAUGUGGAUGAAGAAGGUUAUAGUAUUAAACCAGAAGCAAAUCAGAAUGAUACCAAAGAGAACCAUUUCUACUCAUCUACUGAUUCUGAUUCUGAAGAUGAAGAACCAAAGAAGAUUCGGAUAGAAAUCAAGCCUAUGCUUCCAAACAACUCACAUCACACAAUGGCUUCUUUGGAUGAAUUAAAAGUAUCUAUAGGAAAUAUAACACUCUCUCCAGCAAUAUCUAGACACAGUCCAGUACAGAUGAAUCGAAAUUCCUCUAAUGAGGAGUUAACAAAAUCAAAGCCGUCUGCUCCACCCCAUGAAAAAGGGACAAGUGAUUUGCUUGCAUGGGACCCCCUAUUUGGACCAUCUGUUGAUCCAUCAUCUUCAACUUCACUAACUUCAUCAUCAUCAGCCAGGCCCACAACUCCUCUUCCUGUAGGCACCAUUGUCCCACCUCCAAGACCUACUUCCAGACCAAAGCUUACUUCAGGCAAACUCAGUGGAAUUAAUGAAAUACCCAGACCAUUUAGCCCACCGGUAAAUUCCAACACCAGCCCACCUCCCGUUGCUCCUUUAGCCCGGGCAGAAAGUUCUUCCUCUAUUUCAUCAUCUGCUUCAUUGAGUGCUGCCAAUACUCCAACAGUAGAAGAUGAUAAUUUGAUUGGGACACUCUCUCAAAUCGAAAAGCACUGUGAGACAUCCUCAGGUGUGUCACGAGGUCCCAGCCCUGUCAGCCUUGGGAAUCAGGACACCUUACCUGUGGCAAUUGCCCUCACAGAAUCUGUUAAUGCCUACUUUAAAGGAGCAGAUCCCAGCAAGUGUAUUGUGAAGAUUACUGGUGAUGUGACAAUAUCAUUUCCAAGUGGAGUUAUUAAAGUCUUCACUAGCAAUCCCUCUCCGGCUGUGCUGUGCUUCAGGGUGAAAAAUAUCAGCAGACUUGAGCAAAUUCUUCCAAAUGCACAACUAGUAUUCAGUGACCCAUCACAGUGUGAUUCCAACACAAAAGAUUUUUGGAUGAAUAUGCAGGCUGUUACUCUCUACCUCAAGAAGCUAUCUGAGCAAAAUCCAGCUGCCUCCUAUUAUAAUGUAGAUGUAUUAAAGUAUCAGGUAUCAUCAAAUGGCAUUCAGUCUACUCCUUUGAAUCUUGCAACGUAUUGGAAAUGUAGUACCAGCACCACAGAUCUUAGAGUGGAUUAUAAAUACAACCCAGAAGCCAUGAUGGCUCCUAGUGUGCUUUCCAAUAUACAGGUGGUGGUUCCAGUGGAUGGAGGAGUCACAAAUAUGCAGUCCCUUCCCCCUGCAGUAUGGAAUGCAGAACAAAUGAAAGCUUUUUGGAAAUUGUCUGGUAUUUCAGAAAAAUCAGAAAAUGGAGGUUCUGGAUCCCUCAGAGCAAAAUUUGAUCUUUCAGAAGGCCCCAGUAAACCCACAACACUUGCAGUACAAUUUCUCAGCGAGGGAAGUACCCUCUCAGGAGUUGAUAUUGAACUUGUUGGCAGUGGCUACAGACUUUCCUUAGUAAAGAAGCGAUUUGCCACUGGACGAUACUUGGCAGAUUGUUGAUCAACCUGGGAAAGUGGUGGCUCAAGGGAGUAGUACAAACCUGCCAUUCUGCAUUACCUGUUCUUUCCAAAACACUAUUCUAACUUGUAUAUGUCUUUCAAACUUAGACAUAUUUGAGAACUUACUACAAACAUUAAAUUGCACUUUUAAAGUGAGUCAUUCAAAGAUAUAGCACUGAAAUGAUUUUUACACUGCAGAUGAUCAGAUGCAAUAUUCAGGAAGCACAUUUCUUUAUAUUCUCAAUAAAAAUGAAGUUUUUAUAAGCUGAAAUUUUAAAUUCGGUGUCUAUAUUGAAGAAAGGGGAUUAUAAUGUAAUAUCAAACCUAAAAUUUCAGGAGAGCAAGCACAAAAUUGUUAGCUUUCCAUAAAUUUUUAGAGUCAGAAAUAGUUUUGAGAUUUCAUAAGUUUGAUAUUGAAUGGAUACAAACAAUGUGAAUUCUAAGGUUUAGAUAUGUUGACUCAGCACUCAAUCAGAUUGAGUUAUGUGCCAUAAAUUAAUCAGAACAGAGUAUGUGUGGUAUACAAAAAAAUGUAUAAUUUGAUUCUCAUAUUAAUAAAGUGUAAAUGGUGUUUUAUAUGAUUUUUAAAAAAAUUCUCAAGUGCAAUGUGUUUUCAAAUAAGCUUGCAAAAGACAGCAGAGAAUUUACUUCUGCAGUUAAUUAAUUUUAUAGAAGUUGUGAUUGUUUUGAUGAAUUAAUGCUGUAGAUUUAAUUUAUUUUUAUAUGGAUUGCGUAAUAUGUGCCUUUUAAAACAGUAACAGAAGCCAGAAAUGUGCCUGUCUCGUUUGUGUUCAUUAAUGUGCCUCACUUUUUUUCUCAUAGUCUACAGUUUCUAUUCAGAAUCUUAUAGUGGUCUAAUAGUUUUCGCAGGAUAUUUACAAUUUUUGUGAAUACUUUUGGCCUGCAAUUGGGAAGGGAAUUGAAAAUAGCUAAAGGAUAAUUUAAGAACCAAGACUCGCUUCUUUAGUGAUACACUGCAGCCACAAAAAAGAGAAAUAAGCCUAAUGGAGUAUGUUUACUGGUGAAAAAAAUUACCUUCAUAUAUUUGACAUUAACCUCACCAAAAGUAAAUUAAACUCAUAAAUUCUGAAAAAUUGUGAUGGCAAAUUAGUAACUGAUAUUUAAACUCUCGAUUUACCUUUUCCCUUGUCUUUGUUUACCAUUGAAAAUUUAUACAUUUAUUUACUAAUUACAUUGUGAAACAUGAGUUCUGUAGUAUUUUAUGAGGAAUACAUUUUUUAAAAAGAUUAAUUUUGGCAACGGGGGAGAAGUACUAUUAAGUACUUAUUUCAACAGUUAAUUAUCAAUUCAUGUGUUUUUGUAGUUACUCAAUUCCUACAUGAUAAAUUAUUUAAAAUGAUAGAUUGAUCUUUAGCAUUUCUUAAAAUGGGCUGCACAUUCUAAAUAGUGUGAAACCUAACUUGGUAGCAAAUUCUGGUUAAUCGAAGAAAUGACAUGUUAUAGGAAAAGUUUUGUAAUCCACAGGUGCAAAUUAUUUAUGAUGAUAAAUACCAGUUUCCUUCAUUUUGCAUAGUUGAAGUGAUAACUUGUGCUAUAUAAGAUAAUUUAUAUAAACCACUAAUUGUUCUGUUGAGCCUUACAGAAAAUAGAACCCCUAUUCCUAGACAUUUAUAUAAUGUCUUGCUAUAGUAAAUAUAGCAGAAAACUCACUCCUUCCCAAUAUAUAACACAGCAUGUGUAUUUUUAUAUAUUCAGCAUUAGCCCAGUUCUAAAUUUAGAUUUGACUAAAACAGUACCUAAACCAGUUUUCUAAAAUGUUAGUCUUUACUGAAUAGCAAAUUUAGAAUUUCUAACUCUUACAUUAUUGUCUUUUAAAUGCCAAUCACAAACUUUACUGGAAUUUUAACUGUAAAUCUACUUUGCAAUCACACUGCUUUUAUUGGAUAGUUAUUUUUUUCUUGGAAAUCAGACACUAUUACAUUCACCAUGUUUUUUUAAAUCAAGUAUUACCUAAAAAAGUACAAAUUAGUGAAAUGGUUAUACUUCUGCACUUUGUUAAUUACCAGUCUUCAUACCAAGUGUUGAUACAGAAAUUUAUAUUGGAUACAGGUUACAAUUUUGAAGCCAUAUGAGUUUUAUUGAAUUUUUUUUCACUUAAAAAUUCACUAAUGGUAUGUAAAAAGACCAGUAGAUUUUCAGUGGGAAAUGUAUCUAGCAAGCUGGUUCUUGCUUAUGUGUAGUAAUAAAACUUUGUAGCUAUCUCUUUAACCAAGAAUUUGUAAACACAGAACUCUUAACAAAUGUUUUUAGGGAUUAUUUACUACUCUGGGUUGUAAUUAGAACAAUGCACAUCUAUCUUCCAAAAUUUUGUAAAUAUUUUUGAUUUUUUCAUAAAAUGUAAAUUUUACAUAAAAGUUGUACCCUAAUAAACAUGUAAUAUAUAAUUUA